AUGUUUAUUUUUGUCGUUUCAUUUUUAUCAUUUUUGCUACUUAUUUUAAGGGUAAGGGGGAUAAAUUUAGCACCGAGUUGCAACGUUGGCUCUAUGGAUGCUAGUUUGGAACGGUCCUCUAUUCCUAUCAUAUGUACGGGUACUGCAUCUAAAAGGCCCGAGUCGUGUACGGAGCUAGUUUUAGGUACAGAACGAGACGAAGAAGUAGAGUAG